AAACAUUUCUAGCACUUCUUUUACCGUCAUAUAACAGCCAUAUUAACCCCCAAUUCCCUGCACCACCUACAUACCUCAUACCUAACCUACCUGUACCUAGAAUCUUAUCAGCGAAGCUUUUCGAGCUCCCGCGUUUGUUUGCUUUGCUUCAUAUAAUCGAACCCGAUUGUUCGUAGCCUCGUCACUUAUUUUACCCCAAAGUUAAAAUUUCCGUAUUUUUCUAUAUUCUAAUCUACCUUCUAUCCGUGCCGCUUCAAUUUCUCCCGACUUUCUUCUACCAAUUUCGUUCCCCCAGAAAGCCGUACCUCUAUAACCUCUAUAAGUCAACUUUUCCUAUAAGUACGGCAGCAGCAACAAUAUGCUUUGAGUCUCAACAAAGUGUUUCCUUGAAAAGGUACCACCUGGGGGGAAGUGAUACCUCACAAUGAAUCGUCACACGACACCACCAUUUAUGCUACGGCUCUUUUAUCGAACCGGCGCGUUUCACAGGCCCGACGAAUUCGAUACCUCACAACUCCCGCCGCAUUUGCCGAUAUACACAUGGCCCGACUGCACCUUAACAGAGCUCACCUACAUAAUUGCCGCCCUGAAGCCGUCCCUCGUCCCUAACCCAGCCAUCGGCACCCGCUUCGCUUUCCGCCUCAUCUUCCCCGACACCCGGAGCACCUCGGGCCCCACGUCGGCCAAGUACGCGGUGAAAGACCUAGGUAGCGUGGUAGUGGGCAACGGGGGGAAGGGGUUGGACCCCAACGACCCCGAGGCCGAGAAGACGAUCGAGUCCGAGGGGGACAAGACCCUCAAGGACGCCAAGUUCGUCGUCGGCGACUUCAUAUCCUGCGCCAUCCUCCCUCCCCUCCCGGACGGCUCCGUCGCCCCUAUUUCCAGCGCCAGGGUCAGCCGUGGCGGUCCCGGUGGCGGUCCCGGCGAGCCUAGGUCUACGAUAGGCCGUACCUCCAGCGGCUCCUUCGGCAGAAGACAGCAGGAGAACGGGGGCGACCGCCCCGGCCCUGGGAGAAUAAGAAAUAACGGGAGGGGGUACGACGGGCCUGGAAGUCGUGGUAGCAUACCCAUGGGCGAGUGGAGGAGAGGGGAGCGAUUACCUGAGCCGUCCCCUGCGGGGCGUGCCAGGGGUCCAAGACGGACAUAAGAUAGGAGUGGCCCCGGCCAUAGGCGGCAAGUGUCUUUCUUUUUUGGAAAGUGUGGUCGAUAGCAAAGUGGGUUGUUCCAAGCUCGGCACCGUCCACUAACAGUUCUUGCCCAUCGCCAUCUAGUCUCGUGAGUAUAUUACUACUACCUACUACUGGCUUGGCAUGCGAAGCAGGUCGUCCCGCCUUGGCUCUCUCUGUGUCUCUAUCUCUUGGCGGGCGCAAAGUGAUACCCGAAUGCUCUUCGAGUAUUCAGCAGCAACCAAGUCGAUUACAGAUACCCCCUUUUUUUAAAAAAGAAAAAAUUAAAAAGGGGAAAAAAAACUUUCUAGUUAAAAUUAUUCCGCUUCAUGGGGUUAUUUACGGCGUGCGUGUGUGCAUUUUCGGGCUAUAGAUGGGAAAGGGAACGGGCAUUCAAGGGGGAAACAUAUCUAUUGAAAAGUUUGGUUUGCGAUUGCUAGGUAUCUCGUCUAGGUAGCUAAUAGCAUAUAUUAGUACAUAGCAGUUUGAUUG